UGUGCUGAUUGUUCGGUUUGCUUAUUGAUAUGUACAGAAAUUCAAACAUUAACAAAACUUUUGUCGAACAUUGAAAAUAGCCAUUCCAUUUAAUUCACCUCUACACAAUCGUCAAAUAUAAAAUGGAGUUCUGGUGGUUGAUCACAUUCUCUACCAAAUCAUUUCCAAUAUUUUCAAGAGAAAAUUAAUAACAAUGCCGGAAAAUGCCAAGCACGGCCCAAGACUCUCCUUUUCUCACGAUUUUUGCCACUAUGAUUCCAUACCGAUCGAGCAAAGUCCAUUAGGAACUCAUUCGGAACCUUCAACCAUCAACUUCGAUUUCUCCAUUCCCGGCGGCGUAACCUCCGGUGAAAGCUCGUGGUCCGCCGAAGAAUUUUUCUCUAACGGAAAAAUACUCCCCACAGAAAUCAAAAAGAUACCCGAGAAAGAUGGAACCGGUUUGUAUACUAAACCAAUCGGAGAUACUAAACCGGUUCUGGAAAUCGGAUUAACCGCGAUGGGAGACAUACGCAAUACGAUGCCGUUUCACGUUCCUUCUGAACCGUGUCGUCCCAAACCGGAAACGAAUCCAAUCAGAAAUGCUCACGAAAUAGAAGAAAUCGAAGAAGAUGAAGAGAGACCCAAUGUGAAUCCGUGUUGGGGGAUUAAGAAAAGAAGCGAACGUCUCAAUUCCGAAAUUGGGUUGCCAUUACUUUCGGAUAGCCCGACCGGUUCGAAUUUUAAACAGACAGAAACUGUGAAGCUUGAGGUUUCGUCUCCUUCUUCUUCGUCUUCUUCUUCUUCAAACUGUAAUUCUCAGAAACCGCUGUUGAGGAAGACGAGCUAUGGAGAUUACAGUAACGGCGGCAAUGGAGGCGGGAUUAAGGUGAAUUCGUUUCUGGAUGUGAUUCCGGGUGGGAGUUUGUUUGGGUUGGUAUCCAUCAUUGUCGGUAGUGGAAGUGACAAGAAUAAGAAGAGACUAGUGUUUUUUCAUUGGUAAGAAUUCUUUUUCUUGGAUCUCUGUUUCUUACUUUGUUUUCCUGGAGCUCUGAACUCUAGUGAUGUUUGGCUUUUGUAGUUCCAAGUGUUUGAGUUUUUACUUUUAGAUUUUCUUAUCAA